AGAAACUCGAAUGAUAUCAGAUCCAGAUAGCGAACAGAUAAUUUUUCUCAAGAAUUUUUAAUUUUUGUCUUUUGUUUACAAUUUGAUUUUGAUAGUUUUCAGUCAAUUUUCUGGUUAAUUAGAUCAACCAUGGCGAUGGCAAUGCAUAAAAAAGCUAAUGUUAGGCUUCCGCCUGAGGUGAACAGAAUUAUUUAUGUUCGGAACCUUCCUUACAAGAUCACAGCUGAAGAAAUGUAUGAUAUCUUUGGUAAAUAUGGAGCAAUUAGACAAAUUAGAGUUGGUAAUACUCCGGAAACAAAAGGAACAGCGUUUGUUGUUUAUGAAGACAUUUUCGAUGCUAAAAAUGCUUGUGAUCAUCUUUCAGGUUUCAAUGUUUGUAAUCGUUAUUUAGUUGUUUUAUAUUAUCAACCAAAUAAGAUUUACAAGUGAAACUGAUUGCAAAGAAACAUUGAGGAAUUGAAAAAUUCAGUGAAUUCAACUCUUAUUGUCCAUUUGGCUUCUAAAAUUCAGCUGUUGGUUAGUCAAAAAUUUCGUCGCGAAAUUGACUCUUCAUCUCUAACUCAUAGUGUAUUUAUCUGUGACUUUCGGAUUUCAAUGGAUAGAUUUCUGCAAAUUCAGAGAAAUCAACAAUCUCAUGUCAACUUAAUCAUCAUCAUCUAUGGAAAAAUCAAAAACUUUCAAUCAAUUGAUCAAGAGUUAUGAUCAGAAUGACUUCUCAAACUCUAACAAUUCAACAACACAUCGUAACCAAAGGCUCAUCUAAUUCCAAUAUUUUUCAACCAACUGUAAACCUCUAAGUUUUUAUUUCUUUAAUUCUAUCACUUAAACUAAUUGUAAAUUUAAUCAAAUAAUUAGUCAACUUGAUCUAUGUUCAUAAUUACCUGUUGAUUAACAAUGAUUUGUAAUAUUGCUUGAUCGAGAUUAAAUUUUUCCCUAAUUCCAA